ACUCUCUCUCGUGCCUCUAUUUUCCCCUUCUCCUUUCACUUUCACCUAACACUCUUCCAGUUCUUUAAUUUUUCUUUGGUGAUUUGCCAUUGUAGAAUGAGUGCUCUGCUGCCUGGCCCCAAAAUCACAUCUCUUUCUCUCACUUAUUUGGUCUCAAACCAUUACAUAAAGUAUGACUUAAAUAAAUGACUGAAAUAAACUCAUUCUCAGCAGCACACCAACACGACACUUUUUAGUUUUUAUUAAUUCUCUACUCCCUCCCCUUUUUUCUGUUACUAUAAAUUAAAUGGUACAGUCAUAGAAUGGAAUAACAGAAAUCCCUCUUAUUAUUUUUUUUUUGUUUCUUCUCUCCAACAAAGUUUUAUUAAACAAAAAAGAAAAAGAGAGAACACAAGCCUCUUUUUUUCCCCCUUUAUUUCUCUUACUGCGGCUCUGCCUCUGCCGCUGCUAACGUUGUUUGCUGACAAAUUUCAGAAAAAGAGUAAAAAAGAGAGCCACCACCUCCUACAAUAUUCUUGAUUUUUCUCUCUCGUUUCUCAUUUCACUUUAGCUAAAUGGGUAUUUGGAGCAACCUAGUUGUGCUCCUUGUUAUUUUCCCUUUUUGUACAUCAGAUCCAAACGAUGAGAUGUGCUUGACUCAUCUCAGUCAAUCUUUACAAGACCCUCUGAAGAAUCUUCAAAACUGGACUAAAUCCUCUUUCGCUAAACCUUGUGAUGGGUUCACUUCAUAUCUACAAGGGGCAACUUGUAACAAUGGCCGAAUCUACAAAUUAUCCCUUUCCAAUCUCUCGCUUAAAGGUACCAUUUCUCCUUAUCUCUCUAAUUGCACCAAUCUACAAGCUCUUGACCUCUCCUCCAACGCAAUAUCCGGCCCAAUACCUCUAGAACUCCAAUUCCUAGUCAAUCUGGCUGUUCUCAACCUCUCAGCUAAUCAACUUUCAGGCCCAAUUCCUGAACAGCUCGCCAUUUGCGCUUACCUCAACGUCAUCGAUCUUCAUGAUAAUCAGCUUAAUGGGCUUAUCCCCCAGCAACUAGGCCUCCUUGUACGGCUAUCCGUUUUCGACGUAUCCAACAAUAGAUUAUCGGGUCCGAUACCAGCCUCACUGGGUAACCGGAGCGGAAACUUGCCCCGAUUCAAUGCCAGUUCGUUUGAUGGGAAUAAGGAUCUUUACGGGUACCCAUUGCCACCCAAAAAGAGUAAUGGGCUAUCAGUUUUGGCAAUUGUAGGGAUCGGAUUAGGAAGUGGAUUCUUGAGUUUGGUGCUAAGUUUUACUGCUGUUUGCAUAUGGUUGAGAGUUACUGAGCAAAAAUUGGAUGCUGAAGAAGGAAAAAUCAGUCAUCUUAUGCCUGAUUAUUGAAGAAACACAAAAUCAUACUUUUCAGAUUACAGGUGCUUAAUUUCUACUCCAUCCGAUUGCUUUUGCCUAAUUCUGAAUGGACUUUGCACUCUUUGAGAAAUAAUGCCUGAAGUAAAUAUUUUGUGGGAGAAUAGUAUGAAAAAACAAAUUAUUAAUUUAAAAUAAAUAUUAAAAUUAUAGUUUUAUUUAA